AGAUGAACAACCCCCACGCCGCCAGCUCCUGCAGCAAUCACCCCUCCAUCAUCGCAGCAAGGAGAAGGCCGUGGUAUUCAAGUGUCAGUCGGUGCUGGCAGCAUGUGUGCUUGUAUCUAGCGGGGUCUUUCUUCAGUGAAUUCUGUCUCUUAAACUAGUUGGCAGAAUUAUCUUCUCACGACAGAAGGUAAUGCUUCAAUCGCCACCUGCUGUGGAUGAAAUUGAAGCGUUGUAUGCAGUUGGGUUAGGCGAACGGAGUUAUGUAUGGUUGCGGCAUGGAAUUUUAGAAUAUUCAUCACGUAGCACAAAUGGCAAGCCUGGUAGACAACCCCUUAGUUUGGUUUAGCGGGUUCGAGGUCGGGAUUGUUAACUUGUGAACAUGUCGAGAGGGGUGUAUACGUGCUCAUCUCUCCGGCUGUGUCGACGUGUCUGGAAGCAAUACAUUUCGACAUACAGGUGACUUCACUAUAUGUGCCGUUCUAGUUUACGGCAGCAGGCGCGUUCGAGUGGGUACUGGUAAGAGAAGAAUUUUGACGGAGGAGGUUUCUAUUUUCGACCAUUUGAUCUCUUGGACAUCUAAGCCUGAAGUGAAUGAAUUGAAGCCAGUGCAGUUGGCGUUGCAAUCAGUCGUCUCAAUGCACUGCAGCCUUCAUGUAGAAGUGACCGUUGCUUUUCGUCAGAAUGCGUAAGCGCAGCUUCGAGAACAGAGGGAUCUGAGAAUUCAUCUCCAGGGUCCAAUUAGCGUGUAUUGCAAACCCCUCCUAUCUGCUGCACCACCUGGUCGCUUAUAUUUUAGCGUGUGAAACAUCCCAUGUGAAGCGAUGGGGACGCGAAGAGAAAAAGAUAAGAGCAGUUCCAGCAGUAAUCAACGAAAAAUUGUGUUUGUGCGGAAGGAGGCUGUUCGUAAGAACGAGGGGCAUGUUUGGAGCGAUGCAGACGCUGGUCGCUUGAAUGCCACCAGCAAGAAGUUUUCACUGCUCGACUUUCCCACCCUGUUAGAGAAUGAUUCACACCUCAAUAGCAGAGGCCGACAUGGAAGGAGCGAUGUUGGUGUGGACGUCAAGCUCGAGGAAGUAGAUUCUAGAUGGCCUCAGGAUAGCAUUGAAACUGCAAACUGGGCAAAUAGCUUUCGUUUUGAGCUCGACAGACAAGAUGUCCACAAGAUGCAGGCAAUAUUGGGCGGAGAUGUACACAAGUCCAGAAGGAAUUCCGUCGAUCAGCAUUUGACUGACAACCGAAGUGGGAGUUUCCAGUUAAAGAGUGAUUUUGAGGAGGUGAGCGAAAAAGAAUAUGGACAUCUGAAGCCUCCGCGGCAGUUGGAGAAAAGUCAUGGUUCCUUCAGAUCUUCUCCAUGUGCUACAGCCGAUGCGUCUUGCGAGGGCGGAGAAGAUUGUUCAAACGAAUCGCAUGUCAAGGCUCCUAACAGCCUGCGUAUGGCUGUGAGCGUGCCAAACCCACCAGGUAGGGGUACGAUUCUGCGAAGACUUUGUGAUUUGAAGACUCAGUGGUCGACCCCAAGGGUUAUGCUAGAUGAUGAGGUGAGCUACAACAACGAGAUGGCUGUCGAGAGAGACAACCUUCGACACAGGCUCAAGUCAAGUUUAUUAUUGUUGAAAAACGACAACGUUGGCCACAGCGUCAGCUCCUCUCUUGUAAUGAAGGAGCACUCAGUUUCAAGGCAAUCUAAAAGCAGCCCCCAAGAGGACGCUUUGGGUGAGCUAGACAUCAUGCCAAUUUCCGUCAAUAGAAAGAUGCUCGGUUGCGAUUCCUCUGCAUCUGGACUAUCCGGCGGUAUUUCUUGUAGACUUGCACAAGAGCAGUCGACUACUCCGACAUCGACGAGGUUCAAACCUGCUUCCAUGCAAGGGCAGUCUACCACUCCGAGAUCAGUCAGGUCUAGAAAUGGCUCCAUACAAGAGCAGAUUGUUAGCAUUCAGAAGCGAUCCUUGGCAACGCCGUGCAAUAUCAACGAUCCUACCCCAUAUGACACCCCCUAUUUGUCAGCUGCAAUUCCAUUCAAGUGGGAAGAGGAGCCUGGUAAGCCCAAGUCCAUCGAUGCCACUGCGAAUCGUGCACUAUCUGACAAGUCGCCAUUAGAGAGCAUGAAGGUAAGCAACUUUACGAAAAUUCAACUGGAUCGUUUGCAGAAAGAUGAUGAAAAUUUACGAGGCUCUCCAGAUGGUGGUUCUAGCAAUGGCGACGAAGGGUGCAUCUACAGCCACAGAUUUUACGGUAGGGGGGUUUCAUUUGGGCAUUCGAGACAGACGAGCAUGGGACUUUCUAGCAGAAGUCAUGGCUCGAAAGAACCUCUUAUUGACCUUGAUGGAUCUGCAGCUGCGAAAUUCUUAGUAGAGCAGUAUGAUACACCCAUUAACACUCCCAGCAGACUCAGCUCGUCACCCACAGUAGCGGUGCCUUUCGAUUGGGAAUAUGCGCCAGGGAAAUCCAAAAUAGAGACCAGUUUUCCAACUGCAAGCCCUUGCAUUCUCCAGUUGCCUCCUCGACUAGCCGUCCCCUACUACCAUACCACUGAGAGCUUCUCUCGGGAGCUUCGGGUUUCCCACCCUGAAUUCGCUGGGUUUUUCGCAUCCUGUUUAACAGCGUCAUCGCCAGUCCUGAAACAAAGCGAUCGCGCAUUUUUCCAGUAUGCUUCUAGCAAAAGUCUGCCUCCUAGAGUACCACAAACAGUCAGCCCUUCCGAUCAGCGACGGAGACGCCAUGGUUUUCUGAGUCGCUGCAUCUCUACGCCUCUAGAAGGUUGCCAGAUGCGAUUGACCAAAUCCUUUAAUGACAGCGUUCUGUAUCCCAAUAGCUCCGACAAGUCAUUUGGUGAUGCAUUUUCGACACCCGGUUCACCGGGUCUGAAACCCAAGAGUUUGUUGAGUUCAGAGACGAAACGCUUUCCUACUUGGGCACAGAAGGGCAGUCACCAUAACGCGCCCUCGUCGCCUACGAGUAUCUUGUGUGGCCCUGAAGGAAGCAGUAGCCAAACCUCAACCUCAGCGUCUAACAACUUCUUCAGUGGAGAUCUUGGGGAGUUUACGAGGGACCCUAUUCGUUCUGCGUCCCAAUCAGCAUCAAAAUCGAGCUCCUCUCACGAGUCCAUUGAGGAAGAUUUUGUUGAAUCGGAGAAUUCUUCAUGCAAUGCAUUGCCGAAUCAACAUUCCGCUUAUCAUCAUUCUGAGGCAGACUCUUUUAGAAAGGUACCCUAUUCCUACAGGACGAGAGGAUCUUCUGAUGCUGGAAACAAAUCCUUCGACAAACAGAGAAGCCAGAAGCAUCAAGGAACAGCACAUAAUCCCGAGGUUUGGUCUCCUGAAGUUGGCAAGUAUUUCCAGUUCCUUAAGCUCAAUGAUGCCGCUGCAACAACGGCAUCCACAUCUGCCGAAGACAACUCUUGUCUGCUUGACAAACGGACAGCUCCAACGUCAAGUGGAUAUCUCAACUGUGAAGGCGAGCCACUCCCUCCCAAACAUUCGGCUACAAGGCAAUCAGUGCCGCUGCAAGCAAGCGAGAAGUCAAGUGCACUGGAGUCCCCGAAACGUCCCUCCAGACUCCCUUACACAAUGCCAUCCGUUGCAGAACAAAUUCUCGCUUCAUGUACCGAAUCUACGAAAAGGCAGCUCAUUCAAGAUUUAAGUCCUCGACUUCUGCGGCAAUAUUCUGGGAGGAAACCCAGUUCAAGCCAGGACUUCAGUGCCAAUGCCUAUAAUCAUUCGCGAGCGGAACGGCACACGAUUCUCAGCAAUGGGCUUGAGGAAGCAUCGCCUUCGCCAGCAUAUGCGGCUGCCUUAGAUCUUCUGUCGCCAGCUGCAAAUCACAUUGCGCAGCGGUGGAAAGGGAAGGAGUCUCCUCUUAAGGCUUCCCUUGGAAAACCACGACGACGCGUCCGAUUCUUGUUGUCGAUGUGUAAAACUCUAAAGCGCGUUCUUAGCAGACAACGACGUCGCAAGUCGAUGGAGCCCAUGCUCACAUACCGCGAUGGGCUGGGCCCUACAACGUUUCAGUUUAUUAAGCCGAACUGAGAUACAAGCAGUUCGAAAGAGGUGAAGAUCAUUCAGACAUGUCUCGGGGUUGGAGACUCGGGAGAUAUCCGCAAGAGAUUCGUACUCCCUUCUUUGGGAAUCUUACUGAUGCGGCUCAGAAUUGCGACAGCAAAAUCAUCUUCAGUGAUUUUCUAUGCGUGGCAGUAAGGCAUUGUGACAAGGCUCACGACCAGUCCUCUUUUACAAACAAACGACGAUCAAACUAUGUCGGGAAUUUGAGAAAUGAUUGUGCGGUUAGGUUAGACUAGGGGUAGUGCUCCUAAGCAUGCUACGAUCGCAAUGUACAUACUGUACAUUAAACAAACUGCACCGCAUGGAGCUCGUUAUGUACCAAGACACGAAAGAAAGCUGCGUAACAAUUCCUUCACACCUUCAAUAAAGGCUUCAUAUUUUCCGUUA